AAGACAUAACCGAAAUAUCAUAAAUUAUAAAUAAAGAAUUUACAAGUUCUUCCUAGGAAUCCUUUUUUUUAUUAUGUUUCUUCAUUUAGUGUUAAGCACUCCUGCAUGGCGAUUUGGGCUUCAAAUCGCAAAAAUUAGGGCUCCGAUGUGCUAAUCGGUCGAUUCCCAAUUCCGUUCAUUGAAGAUGGUUAGGGUUUUUGAAGGCAUGAAGGGGACUUUAGAUCGAACCAAGGUGAUUCUCCGCCACUUACCUCCGUCCAUCACGGAGUCCAUGCUUCUCGAACAAGUCGAUAGUGCCUUUUCUGGCCGUUACAACUGGCUCUCCUUUCGUCCCGGGAAGAGUAGUCAGAAGAAUUUGUCUUAUUCAAGAGCAUACGUGGACUUCAAGAGGCCAGAGGAUGUUUUAGAGUUUGCAGAGUUCUUUAAUGGUCAUGUAUUUGUUAGUGAGAAGGGGGCUCAGUUCAAAGCUGUUGUUGAGUAUGCACCUUCUCAACGUGUUCCAAAGCAGUUCUCUAAUAAGGAUGGUCGUGAAGGGACCAUAUCCAAAGAUCCUGAGUAUUUGGAGUUCCUUGAAUUCCUUGCAAAGCCAGUUGAGAAUCUUCCUAGUGCCGAGAUACAAUUAGAGAGAAGGGAGGCAGAAAGAGCUGGUGUAUCAAAGGAUAGUCCGAUAGUUACACCUUUAAUGGAUUUUGUUAGACAGAAAAGAGCUGCUAAGGGUGCAUCUCGGAGGUCACUGUCUAAUGGGAAAGUGAGCAAAAGAGCUGGUGGGUUAUCUGGUGGGAGUCCAAGUUCAGCAUCAUCCAGAAGAGGUUCUGAAAAGCGAAGGGGUAGUACUACGGUGUAUGUUCUAAGGGAUAGCUUGAAAAAUGCAAGUGGCAAAGACAAGUCCGCUUACAUUCUGGUUUCCAAAAGGGAUGAUAAGCAACUUUCUGAUAAGCAUGCUACCUUAGCUACACCUGUGGGAACUCAAAUAUCUGAAGAGGAAAGUGGAGUUUCUGGAAUUACUGAUGCUGGUAAAAAGAAAGUUCUGCUUCUUAAAGGGAAAGAGAGAGAAUUUUCUCAUGUGGCUGGAAGCAUGUUACGUCAACAGGAUAUUGCAUCGCCAAUUACAAAAAUACUUGGCUCAACUCCUAUCAAACAAAAUGUUGGGCGUGAAGGCAGAAUUAUCAGAGGUGUACUUUUAAACAAGGAUGCUCGUGAGUCUUCUCGGGUCCAGUCAGAGCAGCAGCUUCAGGCCCCAAAUUUGGAAAAGGACAGACGACCUUCUCGGCAUUCACAUGCACAAUUAGUGUUGAAGGAUACUAACAGUUCAGACGAUAAGGUCGGGAGUGACUUGCAUGGUAGUGAGAAGCCAGAGAGGCGUAGGAGAAACAAAGACAGGCCAGACCGUGGUGUAUGGACCCUUCGCCGUUCUGAUGGAUCAUAUGCAAGUGAUGAGUCCUUGUCAUCAUCUGCUUCUCAAUCUGCACAGAUGCCUUUAGAUUCUUCAGAAGGGGCUUAUGGUGAUACUAAAGUUGAUUUAUCUAAUGUUCGGAGCAUGCAACCUAAAACUGUCAGAAGUGGCCGUAACAGUUCUUUUGAUGGUGGAUCCUCUAAACAUGGUAGCCGAUGCGGAGCAGUUGCUGAUGGAUCAUCUGUUGUGAGUGAUGGGAAACCAGGGAAGAGAGGCAAUGCUUCUGCCUAUGGUUCUCAUGAGAAGCAAGUCUGGGUACAGAAAUCUAGUUCAGGUUCUUAGUGAAUUUUUAAAAUGCAGAGUGCAUGGUCACUUGAAUUUUGAGCAUGCAGUUGCAAUUGCUGUAGGUUGUCUUGGUACCCAUGAUCUUAUCGCAGAAGGUUGGGUGACCUACAGAGGUUGCAGAUGGUAUCACUGUAAUUAACACACGGGAGGGUGAAGAAAUCUCCAUCUUUGUGAAAGAUGGUUGAGAAUAGAAGAAGGUUAUGAUUUUCUAAUCACACGAUACCACUGUUUUCUUGGUCCCUGCAGAUAUUAUCCAGUUGAGGACUCAACUGGAACUGUAAAUAUAAAUGCAGCGGUGUGGUCUUGUUUGCUGGACUUUAGUUUAGGGUUAGCACUUUGUGUAUAAAAGGCAGCCAGCCAGCCCCACAAGUUUUCAGGUGGGUUUUGUGCAAGAGAAGGAAAGUCUCCCUCCUUCGCAGCUUGUUUUGGAUCUUUAUUUCUUUGACUUCGUUGAUACUUUUUGAGUGUUUUGGAGGAAUAUGGUAAAUUUAAAUGUCGUUGGGAACCCACCUCCCAUGUUACUCAAAUUGAUGAUGCCAUUUGAUGUGAUUGCCCAACGAGAUUUCUUUCUUUUCUUUUUCUCUUAAUAAAGUGCUGGUUGAAAAUUGGACAA